AUGGCUGUGGAGGAACUUAAAUCCAUAAUACAGAGAUGUCAAAUCCUAGAAGAACAGGACUUUAAAGAAGAAGAUUUUGGCCUAUUUCAGUUAGCAGGCCAAAGAUGCAUAGAAGAAGGGCACAUAGAUCAGUUAUUAGAAGUUAUUCAAAAUGAAAAGAAUAAGGUCAUCAUCAAGAAUAUGGGCUGGAAUCUUGUUGGUCCUGUUGUUCGAUGGCUUUUAUCAAAUAAAGAAGAUGAUAAAAGAAAAGAUUAUUUUUUGAUGCUUGAUUUAUUGGUAAAGUUAUGUAAUCCAAAGGAAUUAUUGCUGGGUUUGCUUGAACUGAUUGAAGAGCCCUCUGGAAAACAGAUAUCCCAAAUUAUUCUUCUUUUACUUCAGCCAUUGCGAACAGUGAUUCAGAAACUUCAUAACAAGGCAUAUUCAGUUGGAUUAGCAUUGUCUACCCUUUGGAGUAGGGUAUCUCUUCUUCCAGUUCCAUACUCAAAAGAACAAAUAGAAACAGAUGACUAUGGCCUUUGUCAAUGUUGCAAGGCCUUAAUAGAGUUUACGAAGCCUUUUGUGGAAGAAGUCAUUGAUAACAAAGAAACCUCACUGGAAAAUGAAAAUGAAAAUUUUGCAUCUGAAAUAAUAGGUUUUUUAUCAGCAAUUGGACACCCUUUCCCCAAAAUGAUUUUUAAUCAUGGAAGGAAAAAGAGGACUUGGGAUUACCUUGAAUUUGAGGAAGAAGAAGAGAAACAAUUAUCUGACUCCAUGGCUUCCCUGGCAUAUUUAGUAUUUGUACAGGGCAUCAGUAUUGAUCAACUUCCAAUGGUCGUAAGCCCAUUGUACCUUUUGCAGUUUAAUAUGGGGCAUGUUGAAGUCUUUUUGCAAAGAACAGAAGAGUCUGUGUUCUCCAAAGGAUUGGAUCUGCUGGAAAAUGGUUUAUCGAGAAUAGAAGACAAUAGUCUACUUUACCAGUACUUAGAAAUCAAGAGUUUUCUUACUGUACCUCAGCUAAGCUUCUCACUUGCUCUCCUUAAUAAUUUCAUAUGUACUAUAAUUUUGCUUUCAAGGUGCUUAUUGAAUACAAGUAAUCACUCAGGUGUGGAGGCCUUUAUUAUUCAAAAUAUUAAAAAUCAAAUUGACAUGUCAUUAAAGACAACAUAUAACAAAUGGUUUACAGGACCACAGCUGAUUUCUCUUCUAGAUUUGGUACUCUUUCUUCCAGAGGGGGCUGAAACAGAUUUACUGCAAAACUCAGAUAGGAUUAUGGCUUCAUUAAAUUUAUUGAGGUAUUUGGUCAUUAAAGAUAAUGAAAAUGACAAUCAAGUAAGUGAAUUAUUUGAAAAAGAAACU